GUAACCCCAGCCUCUCGGGGCGCGGGCGCUCGUGGCAGCCGGAAGUGGCGGCCGGCUGGGGCUGGGGGGCGGAGCCGCCGGCCGCGUGGGGCAGCUGAGGCGCGUGGGGCAGCUGAGGCGCGUGGGGCAGCUGAGGCGCGUGCCGCCGGGUGCCGAGAUGGAGGUGGUGGCGCAGAUGGAGGCCCUGGCCUUUGAGCCCGGCACGGCGCCGGCCGCUGAGGGGGCGCCGGGCGAGGAGGGGGCGCCGGCCGCUGAGAUGGAGCCGGCCGCUGAGGGGGCGCCCGGCGAGGAGCAAGCGGCGAGCGAGGAGGGGGCGCCGGCCGCUGAGAUGGAGCCGGCCGCUGAGGGGGCGCCCGGCGAGGAGGGGGCGCCGAGCGAGGAGGGGGCGCCGGCCGCUGAGAUGGCGCCGGCCGCUGAGGGGGCGCCCGGCGAGGAGCAAGCGGCGAGCACGGAGGGGCCGCCAAGCUCUGCGGGCCCCCCGGAGGGCGGUGGAGAAGUUCAGGCCCCGCCGCCCCGAGCCGAGGGAGUGCGCAGCCCGCCGCCGCCUGCCAGUCCCAGCGGUCCUCCUGCUGCCGCCCCCUCCUCAGACUCGGACAGUGAUACGGAUUCAGAUAGUUCAUCAACUACGUCCUCCUCUUCAUGUUCUCCUUCAACAAUAUCUGAUGAAGAUGAUCAUCCAAAUGAGAAGGAUAACAGAUCUUACUGUGUUAAAACAAAAGACGAGUUGCCUAUUGAUGAAUUGCCUCCUGUUGAAGACUUAACAAUAAUUCUGCCUGAUGAUGUUGAACUGAAGCUCUUUGGGACAGUUUCCAGCAUCAUUGAGCAGCUAGUAAUAAUCGAAUCACUGAGAGGCCUACCUCCAGUAAAUGAGGAAAGUAUAAUUUUUAAAGAAGAUCGGCAAGCAGCAGGAAAGAUAUUUGAGAUAUUUGGUCCUGUUUUACAUCCCUUUUAUGUGUUAAGAUUUAACAGCUCUGAGCAUAUCAAAGCCAAAGGUAUUAAUGUGCAAGAUAGCAUGUAUUUUGCGCCAUCAGUGGAGGACUUCACCCAGUAUAUAUUUGCAGAGAAACUAAAACAGGAAAAAGGCUCAGAUGCGUCUUGGAAGAAUGACCAAGAACCACCACCUGAGGCCUUGGAUUUCAGUGAUGAUGAAAAAGAGAGAGAGGCAAAGCAGAAGAAAAAGAAGCCUCAAAAUCAAGGAAGGAAGAAACUCAAAUCAGAAACAAAUGUAUCAGGUGAGAGUAAAGGACUUCAUCAGUCAAUGCAACAGCCUGCUUCAAGUUAUUCAAGGGGAUACCGUGGCAGAGGAUUCUCCAGGGAUCCAUUUCCUCCUCCAUCGGGCCCUCCAGGUUUUUUGAGACCACAAGUCAGACCACCACAGCUGUACUCUUCAGACAACAGAAUCCAUCAGGAAUCUCCAGUGUUUCCACAACCUCAUAGAAAAGAAAAUCCAAUGAUGCAACAGUAUCCCUUUCCUCCUCCAGUUUUUGGCUCUGUUAAUGAGAUGCAUCAAUUCCACCUUCCACCUUCAAAUCCGAAUAUGAUUUGGGCAGGCCCGAACAUGUACAACUCCUCAUACCCAUUUUUGCCACCGCCACCUCCGCCGCCUCCACCUCCUCCAGAUAGCCAUCCUUCUCAGUUCAGGCCUUACUAAUUUUCCAUAAGUGUGCAUACAGAGCAUGGCAGUUCAAAGGGAGGAAGAACAGGCUACUAAGACUGCAUUCCCUUAUUUUGGAGAUGCUCCAUUUUUCUGCAACAAUAGAACAAGUGGUUUCAUUGUCUGUGGGACAUCCAUAAAAUUUUUACUAUAUAUAUGUUUUCUGUUUCAAAGAAAGAAAACUGUAUGAUAAAAGUGACUGAAUACUAAAUAAUGGCUUAUUUUUAUAAUAUCUACUAUUUUGAGAUGAUAAAAACUUUUUGGAGACUGGUAUGUAGUGGCGGAAAUCUAUUUUGUAAUAAAUUUAAUAAUGCAACUAC